GUGGAGAUAUAAGUUGCUUGAUCAAAAGAAAUUAUUUUCAAUUUCAAGUUUAGACAUCAUUCCCAAUUUCAAUCAUGGAGAAAUAUUUCAAACGGAAAUCCGUAUUUCAAGUGGAGAUGAAAAUGUAGUUGAGGUGAGUGUUCAAGAUAAAAUAGAUAGCCAAGAAGAGACAAAUGCUAGGACUAAAAAAGAUGUUCAAGACAAAAUUGAUUUAGCACAAUUUCCUUCAUAUCCCGGAUUAAAAAUUCCAAUUGUGAAUUAUAAUGUUAAUAUUCGGGAUGAAAUUCGUAGAGCAUAUGUACAAAGGGGUCCAUGUCAACCUCGAAAUCAUAUGUAUCCACAAAAAGAAUUUGGAAAUUCAUCCUUUAAAUCUUCUUGGUUUAAUGAGUUCCCUGAUUGGUUGGAAUAUAGUAUAGAAAAAGAUACUCUAUUUUGUUUUUAUUGUUAUCUUUUCAAACCAAAUAGUGAAGAACAUGGUGGUGGCAAUGCUUUUGUUGGUGGAGGGUUCUCAAAUUGGAAAAAGAAAGAACGGCUUCAAACUCAUGUUGGAAAAAGUGGUAGUGCACACAAUCGAGCGCGGAUUAAGUAUGAGACUUUUGUGAAUCAAAAACAAAAUAUUGAUUGUGUCCUCUUUAAAAAGUCGAAAAGAACAAAAGAGGAGUACCGAAUUCGUUUGAAUGGGUCAAUUGAUUGUGUUCGAUUUCUUCUAUGGCAAGGGCUUUCAUUUCGUAGAAAUGAUGAAUCUGAAGAUUCAAAAAAUCAAGGGAAUUUUCUUGAACUAUUGAAGUGGUUAUGUGAUCAUAAUAAUGAGAUUAAUGCUAUUUUCUUGAACUAUUGCAUUUGAAACACUUUCUGUUAUUAUGAAAGAUAUUGGUGAUGGGUUGUUUUCUAUUCUUGUUGAUGAAUCUUGUGAUGUUUCCGUGAAGGAGCAAACGUCAAUUGUUUUACGUUAUGUGAAUAAGAAAGGACAAGUAAUGAAACGUUUUAUCGGUGUUGAACAUGUGUCUAGCACUACAGCUCUCUCACUUAAGGAUGCCAUUGAUCACAUAUUCUCUAGAUUUAAUUUAAGUAUAUCUAGUUUAAGAGGUUAAGGCUAUGAUGGGGCAAGUAAUAUGUGAGGUGAGUAUAAUGGUCUUAAAGCACUUAUUUUGAAAAAGAAUCCAAGUGCUUUCUAUAUUCAUUGUUUUGUUCAUCAGCUGCAACUAGCUCUUGUGUAGCUGUGGCAAACAAACAUGCAGAGAUUGAAAUGUUCUUUACGUUACUGAGUAACGUGGUGAAUGUUGUUGGAGGAUCAACUAAGCGGUUUGAUCUUCUUCAAGAGAAGGAGAGGCUUGAAGUUGUUGAAUUGUUGAAUCUUGGUGAAAUUUCAAGUGGAAAGGGACUUAAUUAAGAAACUAAUCUUCAGCGACCCGGUGAUACUCAUUGGGGCUCUCACUAUAGUUCUUUACUUAACUUAAUUUUCAUGUUUUCUGCUACAGUUGAUGUCAUUGAGAUGAUUGCCACUGAUGAAACUAGUUGUGGACAAAGAGGUGAAGCUCGUCUUUUGUUAAGAUCUAUGUUGACAUUUGAUUUUGUAUUCAGUCUGCAUCUCAUGAAAAACGUAUUGGGCAUUUCAGAUGAAUUGUCAAAAUCAUUACAAAGAAGCGAUCAAGACAUUGUUAAUGUUAUGAAAUUGGUGAAAAUAUAUAUAAAAAAAAAAAAAACGACUCCAAACAACGAGAAGCAAUGAAUGGGACUCAUUUUUACGAUCAGUUUCUUGUUUUUGUGAAAGGUACAACAUUGAUGUUCCGAACAUGGAUGAUAUGUUUAUACCUCUAGGUCGCUCACAGCGUAACACUCAAGGAAUAACAAAUCUACAUCAUUUUCGUGUGGAUUUCUUCUAUGCUAUCAUCAAUCUGCAAAUUCAAGAGUUGAAUGAUCGUUUCUCCGAGGCAAAUAGCGACUUACUCCUUUGUAUUGCAUGCUUAUGUCCAGAAAAUUCAUUUUCUGCUUUCGACAAGGAUAAGUUAAUUCAAUUGUGUGAGUAUUAUCCUAAUGAUUUUAAGCCAGUAGAGAUCUUAACACUUGAAGAGCAACUCCAGAUAUAUAUUAUUGAUAUGCGCACUAACAAACAUUUUGAAGGGUUACGAAACCUUAAUGAUCUUGUGGAAAAGUUGGUAUUGACGAAAAAAAUGUGGUGUACCCAUUAGUUUACAGGCUUGUAACAUUGGCGUUACUUCUUCCAAUUGCUACUGCUACGGUAGAGAGAGUACUUUCUACAAUAAAGAUUGUCAAGAAUCGACUGCGGAAUCGGAUGGGAGAUCAAUGAUUAAGUGAUAGUUUAGUUGCAUAUAUUGAGAACGAUGUAUUCGCCAAUAUUAAUAAUGAUGUAAU